UACUCCUUCGGUAUUUGCCCCGGAUCGCCGCUGUAGCUCUCGCUGCCUCGCUGUUCCGCUCCCGCGAGCGCGCUGUCGGUUUAUUCCGCGGAGCAGGUUCCUGUUGUUUAUAUUGUACACAGCCCGGAGCAGGAGGCCCGGCGCGCGCCUGACACUCGGAGAAUAUGAAACGCUCCUCACAAUGACGUCUCGAAUCGUGAAAACCUACAGCCGCAAGGCGGGCGACGGGACGUCCAAGUUCGACGAGGUUCUGUCCAACAAGCGCGCCACGCUCAGCACCAAAUGGGGCGAGACCACGUACAAAGCCCAGUUGGGCUCCAAGAGACCCGGGAUGAAGGCGGACAGACCCGACCGCACCAAGAAGCCCAAGAUGGCGGAGGACGACGGCUCAGAGGACCCGUUCGGGUUCGACAGUGAUGACGAGUCGAAGCCGGUGUCAUCCCGUAACGCGUCCAAGUCGUCCCCAUCCAAGGCGGGUUCUGUGGAAGCCGGGCUGACCCUGGAGCCCAACAGCAGAGUGAACCAGCCCGUCAGUGCAGAGGCGGCGGCACCCGGCCGGAACCCUACCCGCACUUUGUCCACCCUCGGUGCAGAGAAGAGCUCCGCUCGGGUACCAGAGGACUCAGGGAAGUUCUUUAGCAGCUCCAUGUCAGGCAAGACCCAGAGCUGGAACGACACGGAACGUCACAGCUACUCGUGGUAUAAGAUCGCUUCAGAGAGCGACCGCAGACCGCUAGCCCAGACCACCACCCUGAAGUGGGAAAAAUCAGAAGACGAGGAUUCGUUCGACGCGUGGGGCGCUAUCGUUGGACUGGGCUCACGCUCCACAUCGCCGUUCUCCGUCUCCAGAGACCCGACGUCCAGCAGCAGCCUUCUGACCAAACCCCCUCCCGAGGCCCGCGUCAUCGAGGUCGGACAGGGAGACCUGGAGCUCCCGGUGGAGCCCUCGGAAUCGGAAGACCACUCGCAGUCGCUGCUCAGGACCUCCAACUGCAGGACGUACUGCAGACCCAACAAAAACAAGCCAUCCGCCCUCGGGGGCUCGUCCAACAGCGACGGCGCGGGGUCCGCGAAGGCCGGAGACGGUGAGGGCAAGAGGCGGGGCUGGAUGAGGGACUACACAGUCCUGCAUCCGUCCAGCAUGUCCGCCUGCAACGUCACCAUUCAGGACUCCAUGGAGCGCGGGAUGGAGGAGUACACGCCCAGCGCCCCGCCGGCUGAUCCGGGAGAGACAGGACGGCUGAGGAAGAAAGUCGAGCCUGAGACCAAACCUGCCAGGUCCAAACCCACUCAGAGCAAGACCAAAAAGGAGAGCAAACUGGACCUGUUCGGCUUCGACGACGGAGACGCCGCUUUACUGGAAGGAGACUCCGCCUCUUCAGGCAGCUCCAACUACAAGAUCAAAUACUUUGGCUUUGAUGAUCUGAGCGAGAGCGACAGCGGGGGGGAGGAGAAUGAAGACAAGCCGAGGAAGACCAAGAGGAAGGCUCCUGCACCGGCGUCCGGAGGGGCGAGUGUGGACCAUCCAAGACCUAAAGCAUCUCAGGAGAACAGCAGCACAGAUCCUCUGGAGAUGCCUGAGGUGAUCUUGCGCUCCACGUCUGAGGAGCCGAAGAGGCCUCAGGUCAAACCUCAGGAGAAAGUCAGGGAGAGCAGCAGGAGGAUCUUCAGUGGACCCAAACGGUCUCCCACUAAAGCUGUGUAUAAUGCAAGACACUGGAACCAACCAGAACCUGAAGAGCUGCCUCCUCCUCCUCCAUCUGCAUCACAGGCUGCUCCGGCCUCUUCCUCCAGCAGCAGUAAAGAGUCAAACUCUCAUAAGGGAGACGAGGGUGUGUUUAAGACUCCGCCCCUGCCACCUAAAGUCACCAAGUCGGUCACUGUGCCCACUGAGCCUUAUCAGGACACCGUCACUGCACUGAAAUGCCGCAAAGAGCACAAGGAGUUAUAUACAGUGGUGCAGCACGUGAAGCACUUCAAUGACGUGGUGGAGUUCGGAGAGAACCAGGAGUUCACGGACGAUUUCGAGUACCUGGCUACGGGCCUGAAGAGCGGCCAGCCCCUCAACACCCGCUGCCUUAGUGUUAUUAGCCUGGCGACACGUUGUGCCCUGCCCAGCUUCCGCAUGCACCUUCGUGCCCGGGGCAAAGUGGCGCAAGUCUUUAAGACCCUCAAUGAUGCCCCCCAGCAACCUAACCUGGCUCUAUGCACGGCUUCCCUGAUGUACAUCCUGAGUCGGGACCGGUUGAACAUGGACCUGGACCGGGCCAGUCUGGAGCUGAUGAUCCGGCUGCUGGAGCUCGAGCAGGACAAGACGGCAGACAGCCAGCUCUCCGCCAAAGAGAUGAGCAAAGUGAAGGAGCGGAUCCGCAAGCUCUGCGAGACCGUGCACAACAAGCACCUGGACCUGGAGAACAUCACGACGGGGCAUCUGGCCAUGGAAACGUUGUUAUCUCUAACAUCGAAACGAGCAGGAGACUGGUUCAAAGAGGAGCUCCGGUUACUGGGGGGACUUGACCACAUCGUAGACAAAGUGAAAGAGUGUGUGGAGAACCUGAGCUGUGAGGAUGAUCAGGAGAACCUGGUGGCCUCACUCUGGGGGGCUGAGAGGUGUCUGCGUGUCCUGGAGAGUGUCACCGUGCACAACCCAGAGAACCAGGCCUACCUGAUUGCCUACAAAGACUCCCAGCUCAUCGUCUCUUCAGCUAAGGCCCUGCGUCACUGCGAGGAGAUGAUCCAGCGCUACAACCGGGACACGAGCAGGAGUUUGUCGGGGUCGUCGAAGCCCCACUGCAGUGUUGGUAAAGCGGUGCAGGACUGCAUGAGAGCGGUGAUCGGGGUCCUGCUCAACCUCACACACGACAACGAGUGGGGAAGCACAAAGACAGGAGAGCAGGAGGACUUGAUCAUCACGGCGCUGAACUGUGUGCUCAGGGUUCCUCAGUAUCUGCCUCAGGAGCAGCGCUUCGACAUCAGAGUGCUGGGUCUGGGUCUGCUGAUCAACUUGGUGGAGUACAGUGCGCGUAACAGACACUGUCUGGUGGAGAUGGAGAUGGAUGGAGGCGAGCCCUGGGAGUCCAUAUGUGUGUCAGGCAAAGAAGAGCUGAAGACUGAGGGCUCACUGAGCGCCAUCGCUGCACUGGUGAAGCUGUUCCUCCAGCGUGAGCACGCCGCCGUCCUGGCCGAGGCAGAGACUGAUGACUUCAUCAACGACGUGCCCACAGAGGCGCUGGACCAGAGCGGGGAGUGGCAGGAGACGUCCGGAGAGAUCCAGUGGGUGGCGUCGGAGGACAAGGGGACAGAGGACACGAAGAAGAAGAAAGACGAGGAGGAGGAGGAGCUGGACCUCAACAAAGCUCUCCAGCAUGCAGGGAAGCACAUGGAGGACAGCAUCGUGGCCUCGUACACUGCACUGCUACUGGGCUGCCUGUGCCAGGGAAGCCCUAUGAACGUGAGUACUGUGCGUGAGAACCUCCCCAAGGGUGACUUCUCCAUAAUGACAGAGAUGCUCAAGAAGUUUCUAAACUUCAUGAAUCUCACUUGUGACAUAGGCACCACGGGCCAGAAGUCCAUCUCUCGGGUCAUCGAUUACCUCGAGCACUGCUAGUGUGGAGCGGAGGUUGACCCCACACACACACACACACACACACACACACACACACACACACACACACAUACACACACACACACCCCUGUACAGAGGAAUGCAGCAGAGGCCCACCAGCAGCUGGGAGUCAGCAGACCCGUUCCUCACUCCUGAAGAACCCGCUCACGCGCUCUGAUGAUGUCACGUCACAAAUCAGCCUUAGAGGAACGAACACACACACACACACACACACACACACACACACACACGCGCCUUUCAUCCGUUUAUCCGUCACUCACGCGCCGAACAUCACAGUUGGGUUCGAGUGUCAGUCACAUGACCACACGUCGUUCAGGUGCAGGGUAGAGUCAGUGUGUGUG